AUGACAAUAUUAUCAUAUUUUUCUUCUUUUAGACAUCCUGUGAUGUUGGCUUCAGGAAACAGCUCUUCUCAUCCCAUGUCCUUCAUCCUGCUUGGCAUCCCAGGACUGGAGAGUUCCCACUUUUGGAUUGCCUUUCUAUUUUGUGCCAUGUAUGUGGUGGCUGUAGUUGGCAACAUCACUAUUCUCCACAUAAUUCGAACUGACCACACCCUGCAUGAACCUAUGUACCUCUUUCUGGCCAUGCUGGCUGUCACUGAUCUGGUCCUCUCCUCCUCCACCCAACCUAAAAUGCUGGCUAUUCUCUGGUUUCAUGCUCAUGAGAUUGAAUACCAUGCCUGCCUCAUCCAGGUAUUCUUCAUCCAUGCCUUUUCUUCCGUGGAGUCUGGGGUGCUCAUGGCAAUGGCCUUGGACCGUUAUGUGGCUAUCUGCUUCCCACUUCGUCACUCUAGUAUCCUGACCCCCUCUGCAGUGGGUAAACUGGGGGCAGUCGUGAUGAUGAGAGGGUUUUUGUGGGUGAGCCCCUUCUGCUUUAUGGUUUCCAGAAUGCCCUUCUGCCCCAGCCAGAUCAUUCCUCAGUCAUACUGUGAGCACAUGGCUGUGUUGAAGUUGGUGUGUGCUGAUACCAGAGUAAAUCGUGCAUAUGGGCUCUUCGUGGCCUUCUCGGUGGUUGGCUUUGACAUGAUAGUCAUCAGCAUAUCCUAUGUGAUGAUCUUGAGGACUGUGCUGGGGUUGCCCGCUGGUGAAGCCCGACUCAAGGCUUUUGGUACAUGUGCUUCCCAUGUCUGUGUCAUCUUGGCUUUUUAUAUCCCAGCCCUCUUUACUUUCCUCACCCAUCGCUUUGGACACCGUGUGCCCCGAGUGGUACAUGUCAUGUUGGCUAAUCUCUAUCUACUGGUGCCUCCCAUGCUCAAUCCCAUCAUCUAUGGAGUUAGAACCAAACAAAUCAGGGACAGGGUUAUUCAAGGAUGUUGUGGAAAAGACCCCUGA